AACCGAAGUCUGUUAUCUAUUAAUGUAGGAUAUCCAACUCAGGACGUUGUUGUUGAACUAGACUCAUUUUGCAUCCCUAAGUGUGUUGGUUGAAGUUGGACUGCUUCUGGCAAAACAAAACAAAGCAGAUUAGAGAAGAUGCCACUGCUCAUUGCUGAAGACGUCGAGAAGCUAUGGGAUACUUGGAAUAUCAGAGUCCUAAUUAUUCUAAGUCUCUUGCUGCAGUCUUUCCUAAUGUUGUCUGCACAAUUGAGGAAGAGAAGAGGUGGGAAAUGGAUCAUCAUGAUUCCACUCUGGAUAGCAUACUUGCUUGCAGAUUGGGUGGCUACAUUUACUAUUGGACUCAUGUUGAGUGCUGAACAUAGUGACAUUCUGGCCUUUUGGGCACCCUUUCUGUUGUUGCAUCUUGGUGGCCCUGACACUAUUACGUCCUUCUCUCUGGAGGACAAUGAAUUCUGGAUUAGGCACUUGCUUUGGCUUAUAUUACAAGUUGGUUCGACCAUCUAUGUUAUCCUUCAGUCACUCCCACGUAACAAACUUUGGCCGCCAACUCUCCUAGUUUUAAUUGCAGGGGUUAUCAAAUAUGCUGAGCGCAACCGUGCCUUUUAUCUCGCAAGCUUUGACCAUUUCGGGAAUAAUUGGUUACAUUUUGCACGCCGUCGAGUGUUCUCCAUUCCAGUAUUGUCUCCCAUUCCAGUAUUGCCUCCCAUUCCAGUACGAUUUCAACAAGCUCUUCAGUCGCGGUUUCCAGAGGUUUGGUCACGGCUUGCGUCGUGUCCGAUCUUUCUUGUGGCAGCAUGCACGUUUGGCUCUAUCAAGAGCUUACUUGUAGGUCCUCCCAUGACUAAAACAGAACAAACGAAUGUUUGUUGUUUAAUGCGAGAAAGAGAUUCACAUGGGACGCUUCGAACCAUAGAGAUCCAAUUAAGCCUCUUGUAUGAUCUCCUUCAUACCAAGUUGCCCGUAGUUGAUUCCAAGAUUGGUUAUAUUUGCCGCACGGUUAACUUUGGUUGCAUCUUGGGAGCCUUGGUGUCAUUCUCAGUAUUACUUAAAAA